AGCUUCCCCGCACCAAUCCCACUUUAAUGCACUCCCGCCGAGCAACCCGCAAGGCGUGUGCCCUUUGUCACGAGCGGAAAAUCAAGUGUGAUGGAGCUACACCAAGCUGUCGGAACUGUUUGCGAGCACAAGCUCUUUGCCGACCGCAUGAGCGGCGCCGCCGGUUCACUGUUCGCACACCGGAGAUUAAUCCAGGCCAGCCACCGCUGGCGACAUUUGAGAGACUUACUUGGUUGGAGAACGAACUCUUGCGGGUUUUGAACAUUGACCUUCGCGAGGUGAGCACUGGAACUGCACUUGACUCUCUUUUACGCGCACAGGGUACACCCCGCGUCGCUCGUCACCCUGCACAAAACGCAGGUGCUCGGUUUGCGAUGUCGCAGAGUGAGGGACACCCACCAACUGAGGUUGAUCCGGACAUUCCCCUUUUGGCGUUCAACGCUACUGGUGAAGCGCGGUAUUUAGGUGCAUCGAGUGGCUCCAUCUUCGCCCAAUUUAUUGCAAAUACUGCCCAAUCAAUUUUAACACCGGGGCCCACUGGGCCGUGCCUUCACCCACAUACAGAUGAAUCCCCGACUGUCCAUCGCGCCGUCGUCUCUUUUAAUGCCGCAAAGUGGAGAACAUCAGGGAUAUUUGCUUUCCUGUUACGAUGUUAUCUAAAGUGGGUACACAGCUGCUAUCCUUUAUUCAUGUCUCAGGAUAUUGCGGCGCUCGAGUCCAUGGGCAAUUCAAGUAAUGCUCCACCGGAAACUGGGGACAUGGCUAUUAUUUUCUAUCUUGUCAUGUCGAUAGGUGCUGUUCAUUCCGAACAACGGCACCUCCUCGAUCACUUCCAGGCGGAUACAGGACUUCGGGAGUAUCAAAAUGACGCUUCGACAUAUGGAAUUACAUCGGAGGCAUUAUACCGAAAGGCUCUUGGACUGCUUGCAUCUGAACCAUCGAACCUGGUUCCUCGUACAUCAUUGGUACAGAUCCUUGAUCUGAUUUCGAUUUAUGCCUCUCAUCGUCCGUCUGACAAUGAACAAUGGCAUAUUGCAGGAAUGGCUAUGCGUAUAGCAAUAGAGCUAGGUUUACAUCGACAUAACGACGGCUGGAAGUUCACUACGGAUGAGCUUGAACUUCGACGCCGAGUGUUCUGGACGACCUAUGCCAUUGAAAUUACGCUGGCGUUCAAUUUAGGCAGACCCACUAGUAUUUCUUUUGAAGAUGCGGAUGCACCUUUACCUAGCAAUACGGAGGAAGUGGCACUCUCAAUUCACCAUAUUAGACACCGGCAAAUACAAGAGCAAAUGCUGUGCGUUGUCUAUCGAAGCAGAUCGCGCAAUGCAGUCCCAGUAGCGGAGCCUGAAGAAUCCCUGUCUAAAGUUGAGAGCCUCCAACAAAAGCUGGACCGAUGGCAUCAGGAGUUACAUGAAUUGUAUUACCAGUCAGCAUCACCCUACCCCGUAGAAUAUUGGGAUCGACUUUAUUAUUCAACAUCUGCAGCGCUGUCUCGGCCAACCCCUCUUGUUCCCCGACCUGGACCCAAACUUCAGAAAAGGUGUUUUCUGUCGUCGUGCCGGGUAAUUGAGAUCCAUGAAAAGCUUAUCCGAAACUUCCGACUCCCCUACUCCUGGAUGUUACUACAAGGUCUUGUAUUCUCGGCCAUCUCAAUGAUCGUCACAGCUAGAACAAGCCCCAUAGUGUUAUCUAGGGAAUUUGGAGUGGACGAGUUUCUGGACGUUCUGACUAGAUGUGUGCGCAAAUUUCACGUUGUGCUGGCUGUGUUGAGAGAGAGAUGGACUGGUCUAGGGAUGAGACAUCUAGAAAAUUUACUUGACAAAUUAUGUCAGGAUACCUUGAGGCAUACUAUCAACAUUCUGGCAAAGCAACCGUCUGGAAAGGCCUUAUCCGUGCAACCGUCAUUCCAUCCCGACUUUCCGUCCGAGAACCUGCCUGCAUCCUCUCCGGAGGCAAGAGAAGACGAGCUAGCAGCUACAUCUGGCAUAUCGAACGGGCGACGGAAUGACCGACCUCCUUUAAAUGAAGAUGGUCUUCCCGGUGGUCUGCUGGGCGAGGCAGCGUACCUUGAUGCGAACAAUCAAGUUCAGUCAGCCAUUUACCCAUGGACUCCGGGACAGGAUCUCAGGGAAGACUGGAGGAUUUUUGAUAACCUGUUCGAACCUGACGAACUAAGAUUUUUAUUUGACUUCCUUCCAAAUGAAUCAUACACAAUAUGAAGGUGGUCAGAUUGCACUACCAGGGACUUGUUCGAAACUGGUUAAGAUCCUCUUAUAGAAUAGUUUCUUAUUGGUCUAUUCGUAUGGGUAGGAGCAGUUACC